AUGACAGGGCUGCCCACGUCACUGGCUCGUGCAGCCAUGAGGUCCACACGGGGGUUGCUCAAGCUCCUGAAUCACUACUGGAUCAUGGACGCAGCACUCAGCAAGAAGCUCCCGAGACCACAACACAAGCUCAAGGUCCCAGCACUCCUUGGCGAUAUGGCCACACUCAGCUCAGCCGUGCGGGACUUUGUGGAGGCCAACGUGUCCUUGUGCCAGCCCGAAAGCCUGCACAUCUGUGAUGGCUCCGAAGAGGAGAACCAGGCUUUGCUGGUGCAGGUCGAGGAACAGGGUCUGAUCAAGAGGCUGCCCAAGUACCACAACUGUUGGUUGGCACGCACAGACCCCAGAGAUGUGGCCCGAGUGGAGAGUAAGACGGUGAUAGUGACCCCAGAGAAGAGUGACACAGCUCCCUCUCCGGUGGGAGGGGGCCACAGUCAGCUGGGCCGGUGGAUGUCCCCAGAGGAGUUCGACAAGGCCAUCACGCAGAGGUUUCCAGGCUGCAUGAAAGGCCGUACCAUGUAUGUGAUCCCCUUCAGCAUGGGUCCGCUGGGCUCCCCUCUCUCAAAGAUUGGAGUGGAGCUGACCGACUCGCCCUAUGUGGUGCUGAGCAUGCGGGUGAUGACCAGAAUGGGAAAGACCGUCUUGUCCCACCUGGGCAACGGGGAUUUUGUACGCUGCCUCCACUCUGUCGGAUGUCCACUACCACUAAAACGACCAUUGGUAAACAACUGGCCAUGCAACCCUGAGUUGACCCUGAUCGGACACAUCCCGGAGAAAAGGCAGAUCAUCUCCUUUGGCAGUGGCUAUGGAGGAAACUCUCUGUUGGGAAAGAAAUGCUUUGCCUUGCGCAUCGCCUCCAGGAUUGCCAAAGAGGAGGGCUGGCUCGCAGAACACAUGCUGAUCUUGGGAGUGACCAACCCAGCCGGUGAGAAGAAGUACAUGGCAGCAGCGUUCCCUUCGGCCUGUGGCAAAACCAACUUGGCCAUGUUGAGGCCCACUCUCCCAGGCUGGAAAGUUGAGUGUGUGGGGGACGAUAUCGCCUGGAUGAAGUUCGAUGAACAGGGAAAUCUUCGCGCCAUCAACCCUGAAAACGGAUUCUUUGGCGUUGCUCCUGGCACUUCGGCCAAAACCAACCCCCAUGCCAUGUCCACCAUCAUUGAGAACACCAUAUUCACCAACGUGGCUGAGACCAGUGAUGGAGGGGUGUUUUGGGAGGGCAUGGACCAGGAGCUGCCAGAGGGCGUCACUGUCACCUCAUGGAAGAACAAGCCAUGGACCAAGGAAGAUGGGGAGCCAUGCGCUCACCCAAACUCUCGUUUCUGCACCCCAGCCGGACAGUGCCCCAUCAUUGAUCCGCAGUGGGAGUCUCCCGAGGGCGUCCCCAUCGAGGCAAUUAUAUUCGGGGGCAGGAGACCAGAAGGUGUGCCGCUGGUGUACGAAGCCUUUACCUGGGAGCAUGGAGUGUUUGUGGGAGCAGCCAUGAGGUCUGAGGCCACCGCCGCAGCCGAGCACCAAGGUAAAAUCAUCAUGCACGACCCGUUUGCCAUGCGCCCAUUCUUUGGCUACAACUUUGGCCAGUACCUGUCCCACUGGCUCAGCAUGUCCCAACGCAACAACGCCAAGCUGCCCAAGAUCUUCCACGUCAACUGGUUCCGCAAGUCCCCUGAGUUGGGCUUCCUCUGGCCGGGCUUUGGAGACAACAUCCGCGUCCUGGAUUGGAUCUUUCGCAGGCUGACCGGCCAGGCGGGCGCCAUGCCGUCGACCGUGGGGUACCUGCCGUGUGAACAAUCUCUUGACCUUCGAAACAUGAACCAGAUUGUGGAUCUGGAGCAGCUGUUCCGGUUGGAUAAGGGCUUUUGGGAACAGGAGGUGGAGAAGGUGCGGGAGUAUUUCACCCAACAGGUCAAUGUGGACUUGCCGAACGAGAUCGCCAAGCAAUUGGAUCAGCUGGAGCAACGAGUCAGGCAGAUGUGA